GGCGCUGCUCCCAGGCUCGCCUAGUCCCUUCCUCUUUUCUGUGCACAGGCAUCAUGGCGGAUCACACAGGGCUGUAGCAAGCACACCCUCCCGCGUACCCCCUUCCCACCCUACCCCACGGGCCCUAAGUGGGGGGCCACCAUGAGGCUGCUGCACUAGCUCUUUGCGCCGCCAGGAUUCGGGUGUCGCUGCAGCCGCCCUUCCAUUGCUGGAUUGUAACUUCUCCGGGACGGGAUCGCGUACACCACCCUGGAGCUCGGAGGAAAACACGGCGCACCAGAUCCCCCGAUCGCUCGAUCCCCUGCCGAUACUGGAUCCCUGAGGGUGAGAACAGCACGGUUCCUACAGAUGAUUCUUUAUGGAAUACGGCUUGUGAGGACUGACGGCUGACCGGACUCUUCUCAUACGAGUAUCAUGGCUUCCUGGCAUGUCCUCCUCCUGCUGGUCUGCUCCGUGGCCUGCACGGUGGCUGAGAACUUCACCCUCGUUACCCCUACCGCAGACCUUCUGAAUGCUACCUCCAGCGCCACGCAACAGAUCCCCCGGGUGCUGCCGAGCACAGGCAGCGGUGCCAGCCUUGAUGGUACAAACCCUAAGUUGGACCCCUUCAUCGCUACAACCACUGCCGCAAUCAUCGUCGCCCCUACCUCCAAUGUUACCCACAACAUCCCCACCAUCAACGACACAGACUCCAGUAACCACACAGUGUUUGAUAAUGUCACUGCUCAUGCCACCACCGUCAGCCGCGUCAAUGGAACAAGCACCCCAGUCAUCCCCAUCAUUGAUGAAAGAACAACUUUGGAGAACAUCCCAGAAUCAAGUCCAACCUGGAAAUUCUCAACCGAUGAAAGCUUCACAGCCACAGGCUCCCCGGAGGAAGACGGUCAAGAUGAGACCCCCAUUAUAGCCGUCAUGGUGGCGCUGUCAUCUCUCCUUGUCAUCGUCUUCAUCAUCAUAGUGCUGUACAUGCUGCGGUUUAAAAAAUAUAAACAAGCGGGAAGUCACUCCAAUUCUUUCCGGCUGUCGAAUGGCAGGGCUGAUGACAUGGAACCUCAGAGCAUGCCGCUGUUGGCGAGAUCUCCCAGCACCAACCGCAAGUACCCGCCUCUUCCCGUCGAGAAGCUGGAGGAGGAGAUAAACCGCAGGAUGGCCGACGACAACAAGCUCUUCCGGGAAGAGUUCAAUGCUCUGCCGGCCUGUCCCAUCCAAGCGACCUGUGAAGCUGCCUCGAAGGAAGAGAACAAGGAGAAGAACCGAUACGUGAACAUCUUACCUUAUGAUCAUUCCAGACUUCACUUGAGUCCCAUCGAAGGAGUCCCAGAUUCCGACUACAUUAACGCCUCCUUCAUCAAUGGUUACCAAGAGAAGAACAAGUUUAUAGCGGCGCAGGGUCCAAAAGAGGAAACUGUGAACGAUUUCUGGAGGAUGAUUUGGGAACAGAAUACGGCCACCAUCGUCAUGGUGACAAACCUGAAAGAAAGGAAGGAGUGUAAAUGUGCCCAGUACUGGCCGGACCAGGGCUGCUGGACCUACGGAAAUAUCCGGGUGUCGGUAGAAGAUAUGACCGUCUUGGUGGAUUACACUGUGCGCAAGUUCUGCAUCCAGCAGGUCGGUGAUGUCACUAAUAAGAAACCUCAGCGCCUUGUCACUCAGUUCCACUUCACCAGCUGGCCUGAUUUUGGGGUGCCUUUUACUCCCAUAGGGAUGUUAAAAUUUCUAAAAAAAGUGAAAACCUGCAACCCGCAGUAUGCCGGACCCAUCGUUGUGCACUGCAGCGCUGGGGUGGGACGCACCGGGACAUUCAUCGUCAUAGACGCCAUGCUGGAUAUGAUGAACGCAGAGAAGAAGGUGGAUGUGUACGGAUUUGUUAGUCGGAUCCGGGCUCAGCGCUGUCAGAUGGUACAAACAGAUAUGCAGUACGUCUUCAUCUAUCAAGCGCUGCUGGAACAUUUCCUGUACGGAGACACGGAGCUGGAGGUCACCUCUCUAGAAACCCAUCUCCAGAAGCUGUACAAUAAAAUCCUGGGGCCCAGCAGCAACGGCCUGGAGGAAGAGUUUAAGAAAUUAACGUCCAUUAAAAUUCAGAACGACAAGAUGAGGACGGGUAACCUGCCGGCCAACAUGAAGAAAAACCGGGUGCUCCAGAUAAUUCCGUAUGAAUUCAACAGAGUCAUUAUUCCAGUGAAGAGAGGAGAAGAGAACACGGACUACAUGAACGCCUCCUUCAUCGAUGGCUAUAGACAGAAGGACUCUUACAUUGCGAGCCAGGGCCCGUUACGUCACACCAUGGAAGAUUUCUGGAGGAUGAUUUGGGAGUGGAAAUCCUGUUCUAUCGUAAUGUUGACCGAGCUGGAGGAAAGAGGACAGGAGAAGUGUACACAGUACUGGCCGUCAGAAGGCAUCAUGUCUUUUGGGGACAUCACUAUAGAACUGAAGAAGGAGGAGGAAUGUGAGAGCUACACAGUGCGAGAUCUACUGGUCACCAACACCAGGGAAAACAAAGCCCGACAGAUCCGACAGUUCCACUUUCACGGGUGGCCGGAGGUUGGUAUCCCAACUGAUGGGAAAGGCAUGAUCAAUAUCAUCGCAGCUGUACAAAAACAACAACAACAAUCUGGGAACCACCCGAUCACUGUACACUGCAGUGCUGGAGCAGGGAGGACGGGAACAUUCUGCGCCCUGAGUACAGUACUGGAGAGGGUGAAAGCAGAGGGAAUUCUAGACGUCUUUCAGACCGUGAAAAGCUUAAGGUUACAGCGGCCACACAUGGUCCAGACACUGGAGCAGUACGAGUUCUGCUACAGAGUGGUGCAAGAAUACAUCGACGCCUUCUCAGACUACGCCAAUUUCAAAUGAAACCAAGAGGAGGACGCGACUGUGGCCUUUAAUAUUUUGCAUUAAAGAUACCCAACCUUGUAAUCAAGUCAAGUUCUGAGGAACAUGGCUCCAACAUCUACACACAACAUAGGCAGCCAUUUUGUCUGCUCCAGUUAUGAUGACAAGACUAUAGCUUCUAGUAUGUACUUACCUAGGACAAGGUUUGAAAUGCGUUAGCAGUUAAUCUUGAACCUGUAGGAGGCAUCGUCCUGGACAUCUAUCAUCGACCUUCAGCGGUGGUUCCGUAUCGGAACUGAUGGCCAUCAUUCUCACGGACAUUAAGCUUGCAAAAUGGCUGACCUAUGGCUGGGUUAUGUCACUAAAAUGAAGGGCUGUGAUCUAGACCAUCCAUGAAUUAACAACCCACUUUACUGGCUGAGUAACAUGGCUGCCGCCACGCUUCUUGGCCAGAUCUUGUAUUCUAAAGAUGGACUCUUUACAGUCUCCUGGCUGAAUGGACAGACUUGUGGUGGAACCCAGAUUCUUCAUCUUUUUUUGUUUCAGCCCUACGUUCCUGGUCCAUUGAUGUAACCCACCAGUUCUAUGAACUUUCCACAAGUUGUAUGCAGAACUCUAAACCAAAGGCAUUCCUCAUACUAAUGUCAUUAGAGUUAACGACAUGGACUGUAAAAACUUGAUGGUUCUGUUUAUUACUAUGGUUUGCUGGCACAAAAAAAAAAAAUCAAUUUAAAGGGCAACUCCAGUCAUACACGCACAUUCAACACAUGUAGGUACAUAUUAUUGCCCAUAGGGGGUGGUGUUACAGUAAUUAGUGCUGGUGUGGGAAAGAUACGCCACUUAGUUUAAUACGUUAGGAAAGUGUCAACGAUUUUGGUGGGCAAUCACUUCCCUCACCAGGGGGCGACAAAGGCCCCUCAUUGCAAAGCUGAGCUCAAUCUUGACGUGAAAUCAGAGAUGUAAAUAACACAAUUUAACCCGUUACCCACUUCUUCUUUUUUUUUUUUCUCAGUUUAUACAUUUUUACUGGAAGCCUUGAUGUUAUUAGCAAAUGUAAUUGGAGUUGCCCUUUAACGUGCCCCACAGUGAAGAUAUUUUACCUGAAAACUUUUUGUGGCACCUUAUGUUUUUUUUUUUCUUUACUUAAAGUAUCAGUGAUGAUAAUAAAAAGAGAACCUGCUGCCAAUGUACAGAACCAUG